GCGGUGCGAAGUCGACCGUGCCGCCUAUGUGACAGAGGCAGGGACAGCGGGCGGUUCCCUCAGCAUCCCCGCUCCCGGCGGGGGAGACGGCGGUGGCGCCAGGUGAAAGCAGCUCUGAGAAAUUCUCCCCACGCUUCCUGCUCCUGCUGCUGCGCGCAGCUGUGGCUGCAGGUUCGCGAGUGGCAGCUGUUGCUGGCGGACUCGACUUGUCCCACUUCGUGCGUGGCAGGGGACGGGCGGCUGCGGGUCAGGGGGCUCUUGGGGCAGAGUUUGUACAGUUGGCUGGAGAGCUGCUGCCGCGCCCGGAGAUGGGAAGGCAGAGCCUGCGCUCGGGCAUCCUCCUGUUGGCGGCUCUGGCAGCUCUAAAAGGCGAGAAGCUGCCAAACUGCGAGGACGCUUGGAAAGUUUUCCAGCUGCGGCAGAUCGGCCCCGCUAAGGGGCUGCCGGAGACCGCAGGGGCAGGGGCUGAUCUUCAAGUUUGUACAUCUAAAAAUCUAACAUGUUGUACCAAAAAGAUGGAGGAGAGAUACCAGAUUGUAGUAAAGCAGGAUAUACAACAAGUGCUUCAAACAUCAAGCUCUACUUUAAAGUUUUUAAUAUCUCAUAAUGCAGCUGCUUUUCAAGCUCUUCUCUGCACUGUCUCCAGUUUAUAA